AUGUUUCAACUCUUCAUUCUCAUCUGCAUUUUGGGACUCAGCAUACAGAAGCAUGUUCCCGACGACGAGGCCCUGGAUUUUCCAUUGCAAUCACCUCGAGAAGAGGUAGACCCUAAUGAUGACGGCUUAAACCGACCAUCAGUCACCAAUAUAUCACAAAGCUGCCAGAGAGAGAAAGGAGACACGGUUGCCUGCUUUUUCGUAGACUCAGUAAAAAGGAUAUCCGAAACUUUGGAUUUUUACUACAAAAAGCUGCGUGACAUAUUUGGUUGGGCUAAAACUGAAGAGCCCAGUGCAAAUAACUCCACUGUAGCACCUAUAAGGCGUGACAUUGUGGAGCUGGAUCAAGGUCUCUUGGAAAUUGGACCAGGACAUCAAGAGCUAAGACUGGAAACUGAAACUAUGCAUAGAAGGCGGAAAAUGCAUGGCAACGGUGUGAUCGAGCCAGCUGAGAGUUAUGAUUCGAAGAAAUUCAUGGAGAACAUUGAAUCAUUGAAGCAAAAGUUAGCAAAUAGACACGAUGACGAUAUUGUUUUAGAUUAA